AUGACCUACAUUGGAAGCAUCAGAAACGCAUGGACGGGGGGACGUCACAGUGGAGGUCAGCGAAAGCCUACUCUCACUCCAACUGACGCGCAAGUCACGGGGUUCCGGGGACACGCUGAGAUGGCACGGUCAGCCCACGAUCUUCUGUACAUUUGGCUGGUGGUCCUCAGCGAACACGUUGAUGAAAACCUGGGUGGUACUGCUAAAUGGUCCGUGAAGUCUGCUCUGUAUGGCGGCCACGUCCCGAUACCCGUCCCUGACCGUACGGGUACGUAA